GUCAAAAUUUGCAAAAAGUUUUACCACACUCGUCGUCGCGUCAGUAAAUCGCGCAACAAAGCAAAAAGUAUUAUUAAAUGUGUGCGAUAAUUUCGUAAGGAUUUCCAAUAAAUUAAACAAUCGUAAGCGUGAGAGAGAAAGCGAGUUAACGCGUACUGAGCUGCCUGAGCAAUGGAAGCCCUAAUUCCAGUUAUCAACAAAUUACAAGAUGUCUUCAACACUGUCGGCUCUGACUCAAUACAAUUGCCGCAAAUUGUUGUUCUCGGCAGUCAGAGUUCGGGCAAAAGUUCGGUAAUCGAGAGCGUUGUGGGACGUUCGUUCCUGCCACGUGGCACAGGAAUUGUGACCCGGCGACCUUUGGUCUUGCAACUGAUUUACUGUCCCCUCGAAGAUCGCGAGCAUCGCUCAGCGGAGAAUGGCACUGUGAAUGCUGAGGAAUGGGGACGCUUUCUGCACACGAAGAAAUGCUUCACGGACUUUAACGAAAUACGCCGUGAGAUCGAGAAUGAAACGGAGCGUGUGGCGGGCAGCAACAAGGGCAUAUGCCCAGAGCCCAUCAAUCUCAAGAUCUUCUCGACCCGCGUCGUCAAUUUGACGCUCGUCGAUUUGCCGGGCAUCACGAAGGUGCCGGUGGGCGAUCAACCCGAAGAUAUUGAAGCACAGAUCAAAGAUUUGGUUGUCAAAUACAUUGAGAACCCCAACUCAAUCAUUUUGGCUGUGACGGCCGCCAACACGGAUAUGGCCACCAGUGAGGCCCUGAAACUGGCCAAGGAUGUGGAUCCCGAUGGCAGGCGAACGCUGGCUGUGGUCACCAAACUAGAUCUGAUGGAUGCGGGCACCGAUGCAAUUGAUAUAUUGUGUGGUCGUGUGAUACCCGUCAAACUAGGCAUCAUUGGUGUGAUGAAUCGCUCGCAACAAGAUAUUAUCGAUAAGAAGGACAUUGACGAGCAGAUGAAGGACGAGGCGGCGUUCUUGCAACGCAAAUACCCAACGCUUGCCACACGCAACGGAACGCCUUACUUGGCCAAGACGCUUAAUCGUCUGCUAAUGCAUCACAUUCGCGACUGUUUGCCCGAUCUUAAGACACGCGUCAACAUCAUGUCCACGCAGUUCCAAUCGCUACUCAACUCUUAUGGCGAAGACGUCUCCGACAAAAGCCAAACGCUGCUGCACAUCAUCACAAAGUUCUCGAGCGCCUAUUGUUCCACCAUCGAGGGCACCGCCCGCAACAUUGAGACCACAGAGCUCUGCGGUGGCGCACGUCUUUGCUACAUUUUCCACGAAAUCUUCGGCCGCACUCUGGACUCGAUUCACCCGCUGGCGGGUUUGACAAAGAUGGACAUACUCACUGCUAUUCGAAAUGCCACAGGUCCGAGGCCAGCGCUGUUUGUGCCCGAGGUGUCCUUUGAGCUGUUGGUUAAGCGGCAAAUUCGUCGCCUGGAGGAGCCUUCGCUGCGUUGCGUGGAGCUCAUUCACGAGGAGAUGCAGCGCAUUGUGCAACACUGCGGCAACGAGGUGCAACAGGAAAUGCUGCGUUUCCCCAAGUUGCACGAAAAGAUUGUGGAUGUGGUGACGCAGCUGCUACGCUGUCGUCUGCCUGCCACCAAUGUGAUGGUGGAGAACAUUGUGGCCAUUGAGCUGGCCUACAUCAACACCAAGCAUCCAGAUUUCCACAAGGAAGCAGCUUUGGUGCCCAGCCUACUGAAAACAGACAACGAUCCGUAUUCGCAGCCACGUCGCACGAACACGCCACGCAACAAUAUGUCGCCUCAGGUCUCGGCACACAAUGCUGUUAACCAGAAUCAGCAACAACAGCAGCAGCAACAGCAAUCACAGGCGCAGCUGCAGACACAGCAACAGCAGCAGAAUGAGAACCAUGAUCAGAAUCAUGUUGGCGAGAACUCGACUGGUUCGUCGUGGCUGUCAAAUAUUCUGCCACCUGCGCCCAAUCGCCCCGACAGCAUUGAGAACUCGGCCAGCAAUACGCCGGUGCACAAUAAUAUUAUGGUCAGUCCAUUGAAGCCUGUCAAUCUGCUGCCCGAUGUGCCAGCUCUGCACAAUCCACGUCGUCUCACAGACAAGGAGCAAAAGGAUUGCGAUGUCAUUGAACGUCUGAUCAAAUCGUAUUUCUACAUUGUGCGCAAAUCGAUACAAGACUCGGUACCAAAGGCAAUUAUGCAUUUCUUGGUCAACUACGUUAAGGACAACUUGCAGAGUGAACUCGUCACACAUCUCUACAAGUCGGAGAAGGCCGAAACACUGCUGAACGAGUCCGAUCACAUCGCCGUGCGCCGAAAAGAGGCAGCGGAUAUGUUAAAGGCUCUCACACGUGCUAAUCACAUCAUCAGCGAGAUACGCGAGACUCACAUGUGGUAGACUUGAGGACUUGCCCCCCCAGAUAUGAUAUUGGAGCCUGUUUCGAUACAUAAUAAUAUUACCAUUAACAAGCAAUUAGCAGCAAGCAUCCAGCAUAUAUCAAAAACAACAACAAAUACUAUUUAUUGAAGACAACUCUUUGGGAAUGCAACUCACAAAACUCUCCUCUUCCUUCGCUUUGUUAAGUGUUUCCCCAAGCACCCACCCAACAAAAUUCAACAUCAAACGGGCUACGAUUCAGACUACAUUAUGGAAUAGCUUUAAGAACACUUUGUCGUCUUCUUCUUGGUUCGUUUCCCCAUCGCAGCUGCAUUUCGACAGCAUUUCUUCUUCAAACUUAAAUUUCAUCGGACGCAUUUACAGCAUGCGAAAUGUGCAGAGAGAAAGUUGCUUAAUCGUGAUGAUUGGUUUUGUUUUAAGUUAAAUCCACGCACUUAUUACAUUUUCUGAAUAGUCAAAAUAAAAACGAGAAAAACGGUUGAUUACAAAACUUAA